GAUCUGGUGCGUAUCUUCGAGCACGUGUUUCACAGAUCUAUGUUGUAGUCGGCCGAUCAUCCAUCAUCAGUCAUAUCAUGGCUGCUCCUCACAUUGAAGAUUCCAAAACACGCGUGCGGCUGCUUGAACAUGGAGUUGACAAUAUCAUCAGGCUGACUGAUACUAGGCCCAUAGACCAACAAGUGCUAAACAUCUAGGAGAGUGACCUCACAUCAGCCAACAGCCAAUGAUUUUUACUCUCCUAAUACCUCCGUGCUAGGGAGGAUGUUAGUCCAAAAUUUAGCCCAACCAGGUGCCUUGCAGAACCAUUUAGAGAUUUAAAACUUUGCUAAGGCACAGUUACCAAUGUUACCCUCCAAACGCCUCCUCUCCAGCAGCUUGCAGAUCAUGCAUGAUCACCCAGCAGUAGGGGAGACCGGGGUUAGUUGGAACACGGGGUUCACAGUUCAAGUUUCCCUGGAAAUUAUGUUGGAAGUGAUGAUUCUUGGAGCAUGGACAAAUUUACCAAGAACUUUCGUAUCGAUGUGAUUAGGCUGACUAAAACUGAGCUAGAGUUUGACAUGGUAGGAGUAGAUCCAGCAGUAGCUAAUGCAUUUAGGAGGAUUCUGCUUGCAGAGGUACCAACAAUGGCAGUUGAGAAGGUCUUUAUUUUUAAUAAUACAUCCAUCAUACAAGAUGAAGUUCUCGCUCAUAGAUUAGGACUUAUUCCUAUCAAGGCUGAUCCAAGAAUAUUUGAAUACAGACAGGAAGGUGAUGAAACAGGAAGUGAAGAAGACACAAUAGAAUUCCAACUGAAAGUGAAAUGUACAAAGAAUCCAAAUGCUUCUAAAGAUGCUACUGAUCCUGAUGAACUCUAUAAGAAUUCCAAAGUAACAACUGAACAUUUCAAGUGGAAUCCUAUAGGGAGCCAAGAGCAAACGCAUGGACCUAAAGCAUUUGCACCAGUUGACAAUGAUAUCUUGAUAGCGAAGCUGAGACCAGGCCAGGAGAUUGAUCUUAAAAUGCAUUGUGUGAAAGGAGUUGGUAAAGAUCAUGCUAAGUUUUCUCCAGUAGCAACUGCCUCGUAUCGUCUUAUGCCCGAGAUCAAAUUGACCGAGAAUAUCAUAGGAGAGAGGGCAAAGAAACUUCAACAGUGUUUUUCUCCUGGAGUAAUUGAGGUAGAGAAAAGAAAUGGUGUUCCUGUAGCAGUAGUAGCUUGUCCAAGGAAAGAUACGUGUAGUAGAGAAGUCUUCUCACAUGAUGACCUCAAAGAUUGUGUGAAGUUGAAUAGAAUUCGGGAUCACUUCAUAUUCUCUGUGGAGUCAACUGGAGCUCUUCUCCCUGAUGAACUGGUCUCUGAGGCUAUCAAGAUUCUGAGAGCAAAGUGCAAGACAUUCCAACAAGACCUUGAUAUGCUGAGUAAUCAAGAUACAUGAACUCAUCUUUGAUUUGUCUAGAAUAUCUGACUCAAAUGUUGCUGGAUGAGAAUGUGAACUCAAUGAAGUAGAAGCUAAAGCAAUAGACGGAAGCAGUCAAGCAGGACUUACUGAGGAUCCAAGAUACAUGACACAUGAACUCUCCUUGCUCAAUGUAGUUAUCCAUCUCAAUUAUUGCUUGUUGAGAAUAUGAACUAAAUGAAGUAGACUCUAAGUAAACAAAGCAAGAGAAGUGCGUAACAACAGAGACACAGACACCUAAACUCGUCUUGCUCUAUCUAGAAUAUCUAUGUCGACUGUGAGUUUGUGAGAACAUGAACUCAAUGAAAGGAGAAUCAAUGCAAAUAAAGGAAGCAGGAGACACACUGAGCAACCAAGAUACACAACAUCUAAAAAAAAAAAAGAAUACUUAGAAAGAAGUGGUAUAAUGCUCUGAUUCUGCUCUUCUGUAAUCCAAAAUUACCAGAAAAUAUAACUUUAGUGGGUACUGUCCCCCACGAGCCUAACCUCCAACCAUCAUGUAAUGUGGUUCUGCGAAAGUUCUGGAAAACUUUAUAGUGCCUUUUGGCAUCUUAACCCUAAAAGGACUGGGGGGGGGGGGCCAUGAUGGGCCCCCUCGACGCUUCGCGCGAUAUUUCCGAAACGCAAAAAGAUAACGCCGCAAAAUUUUAUGACUUUUUUCUUUGAAGUCUCGCGCAACUUUUGAGACCAAAAUCGCGACAUAGGGUAUAGCAUCGCGACAUCACAUGACUUUUUACAAGGCAAUGUCAUGCCGAAAAUGGCUCAUUUUUAUACUUUGUGUACAAAGUCUAUGGGAGAUGAAAUUAAUAAAAGGGUGAUUGUUUUUCGUCCUAAUUGGUCUGCUUGAUUAAUUGAGCGUUCAGUUUAGUUGUUAAAUGGUCUGUAUUAAUUUUUAUUGAAAAAAACAAUGAAAAACAGAAGGUGAAAAAACAAAGAAAUACAUGAGAAAUUCUAAAAACAAAGAAAUACGUAAGGAAAAAAUUGGCUUUCGCAAUUUUUCGUUUUCAAAACCUUUAAAUUGGAUUACAAAGAUGACAUCUUCAGGACAUUGUCAGUGAUGUUUUGAUAUUAAAUUAUUUAAUGUUUAUCUUACAAAGUAUUAAAGGAAGGUUCAAUAAAUCAUCAACAUAUCUGUUGAUUUUCAAAUAUUA